CCGCGCUGGGGAGCUCACGGCGCGCGCCCCCUCUACUCCGGCCCGAGAUGAAUGCUGCGGCAGAAGCCGAGUUCAACAUCCUCCUGGCCACCGACUCCUACAAGGUUACUCACUAUAAACAGUACCCACCCAAUACAAGUAAAGUUUAUUCCUACUUUGAAUGCCGUGAAAAGAAGACUGAAAACUCCAAAGUAAGGAAGGUGAAAUACGAGGAAACAGUAUUUUAUGGGUUGCAGUACAUUCUUAAUAAGUACUUAAAAGGUAAAGUAGUAACCAAAGAGAAAAUCCAGGAAGCCAAAGAGGUAUACAAAGAACAUUUCCAAGAUGAUGUCUUUAAUGAAAAGGGUUGGAACUACAUUCUUGAGAAGUACGAUGGGCAUCUUCCAAUAGAAGUAAAGGCUGUUCCUGAAGGGUCUGUCAUUCCCAGAGGAAACGUUCUUUUCACAGUGGAAAACACUGAUCCAGAGUGCUACUGGCUUACAAAUUGGAUUGAGACUAUUCUUGUGCAGUCCUGGUAUCCAAUCACAGUGGCCACAAAUUCUAGAGAGCAGAAGAAAAUAUUGGCCAAAUAUUUGUUAGAAACUUUCCAGACUGCUGGCAUAGGAGCUUCUGCUCAUUUGGUUAACUUCAAAGGAACAGAUACAGUAGCAGGAAUUGCACUAAUUAAAAAAUAUUAUGGAACAAAAGAUCCUGUCCCAGGCUAUUCUGUUCCAGCUGCAGAACACAGUACCAUAACAGCUUGGGGGAAAGACCAUGAAAAAGAUGCUUUUGAACAUAUAGUAACACAGUUUUCAUCAGUGCCUGUAUCUGUGGUCAGCGAUAGCUAUGACAUUUAUAAUGCGUGUGAAAAAAUAUGGGGUGAAGAUCUAAGACAUUUAAUAGUAUCAAGAAGUACAGAGGCACCACUAAUAAUCAGACCUGAUUCUGGAAAUCCUCUUGACACUGUAUUAAAGGUUUUGGAUAUUUUAGGUAAGAAGUUUCCUGUUACUGAGAACUCAAAGGGCUACAAGUUGCUGCCACCUUAUCUUAGAGUUAUCCAAGGGGAUGGAGUAGAUAUUAACACCUUACAAGAGAUCGUAGAAGGCAUGAAACAAAAAAAGUGGAGUAUUGAAAAUGUUUCCUUUGGUUCUGGUGGAGCUUUGCUACAGAAGUUAACAAGAGAUCUCUUGAAUUGUUCCUUCAAGUGUAGCUAUGUUGUAACUAAUGGCCUUGGGAUUAAUGUCUUCAAGGACCCAGUUGCUGAUCCCAACAAAAGGUCCAAAAAGGGCCGAUUAUCUUUACAUAGGACACCAGCAGGGAAUUUUGUUACACUUGAGGAAGGAAAAGGAGAUCUUGAGGAAUAUGGUCACGAUCUUCUCCAUACUGUAUUCAAGAACGGGAAGGUGACAAAAAGCUAUUCAUUUGAUGAAGUAAGAAAAAAUGCACAGCUGAAUAUUGAACUGGAAGCAGCACCUCAUUAGGCUGUUUUACGAUUGGGUGUGUGUGUGUGUGUGUGUGUGUGUGUGUGUGUACAUGCGUGCAUGCAUGUAUACACCUGUAUGUAUGUAAUACAUAAUGUUUAUUGGACAGAUGUGUGGGGUUUCUUUGUGUUUUAUGAUACAUUAUAGCCAAAUUAUUUGUUGGUUUAUGGACAUACUGCCCUUUUCUUCCUCCUCCU